GGGACCUCGGCCAUCAAGCACACUGUCUAGCGCAGGCACGUCAGAACCGUCAGAACCAUCCAAAAAGUUCCGUUAGUUUUCACUGGUAUCAGGUUGGGAACAGUACGGCCGAUAUGAGAGGUCUCUAACACAAGCGCGGAUAGCGGAGCGCAGCAACUGGUGGGAUGCGAUACUUCACAAUGCCCCUUACUGAUCUUCAAAUGUAACACAGGACAGCGAAUUGAUGCGGUUGAUACAGGACGUGAGAGGACUGCCUGGCCACCUCCGUCCCCUGUAGAGCCUCCUGUUUCGGCACAGGAAAACAGAGAGAGAGAGAGAGAGAGAGAGAGAGGGAGCAGAGUGACGCCGUCCGUCAGCGUCCGGCUCUUUUUUGCGCACCGUCCACUUUGUUUUCUGCGUAGUGUUGGUCCCGGGUGCGAUUCAAAACUGUUUCUCCAACGCUUUUUCCAAAAACUCGGACUGUUUCCCAGAGCAGACGUCGUCGCUGCUUCUGCCACGGUCACGGUGCCGGCCUCACAGCCCUCCCAGAGCGUGGUGAUGGGAAGCGUGCGGCCAAACCGCUACAGCAUCGUGUCAUCCGAGGAAGACGGCAUGAAGUUGGCCACGGCGGCCGUGCCCAACGGCUACGGCAACGGCAAGAACGGCAAGGUGCACACCACCGGCGUCCGCGGUGUGGGCGGCCACCCGCCCCACAGCCGCUUCGUGAAGAAGGACGGCCACUGCAACGUGCAGUUCGUCAACGUCAGCGAGAAGGGCCAGCGCUACCUGGCCGACAUCUUCACCACCUGCGUGGACGUGCGCUGGCGCUGGAUGUUCGUCAUCUUCUCGCUGGCGUUCGUCCUGUCCUGGUUGUUCUUCGGCUGCAUCUUCUGGCUGGUGGCCAUCUGGCACGGCGACCUGGAGCCCGGCGUGCCCAACAGUGGCCGCGGACAGCGCUGCGUCUCCAACGUCACCACCUUCACGGCGGCGUUCCUCUUCUCCAUUGAGACGCAGACCACCAUCGGGUACGGCUAUCGCUACGUGACGGACGAGUGCCCUGUGGCCGUGUUCAUGGUGGUGCUGCAGAGCAUCCUGGGAUGCAUCAUUGAUGCCUUCAUCAUUGGUGCCGUCAUGGCCAAGAUGGCCAAGCCCAAGAAGAGGAACGAGACGCUGGUGUUCAGCCACAACGCCACGGUGGCCAUGCGCGACAACAAGCUGUGCCUGAUGUGGCGCGUGGGCAACCUGCGCAAGAGCCACCUGGUGGAAGCGCACGUGCGCGCGCAGCUGCUGCGCUCGCGCACCACCGCCGAGGGCGAGUUCAUCCCACUCGACCAGAUGGACAUUGACGUGGGCUUCGACAGCGGUGUGGACCGCAUCUUCCUCGUCUCGCCCAUCACCAUCGUGCACGAGAUCGACGAGGACAGCCCCUUCUACGACAUGAGCAAGCAGGACCUGGAGACGGCCGACUUUGAGAUCGUGGUGAUCCUGGAGGGCAUGGUGGAGGCCACUGCCAUGACAACGCAGUGCCGCAGUUCCUACCUGGCCAGCGAGAUCCUGUGGGGCCAGCGCUUCGAGCCCGUGCUCUUUGAGGAGAAGAGCUACUACAAGGUGGACUACUCGCGCUUCCACAAGACCUACGAGGUUCCCAGCACCCCGUUCUGUAGCGCCCGGGAGUUGGCAGAGAAAAAAUACAUCCUGUCCAGCUCCAACUCCUUCUGUUACGAGAACGAGGUGGCCCUGCUGAACAAAGAGGAGAAGGAGGAGGCGCUGAACAUGGGUGUGGUGGGUCUGGUGGAGGGAACACACACGCUGGACACGGUCUCGCUCAACAUUACGGAGCCUGAGCACAACCAGGCUACCCUGCCUCUUGAGCCCAGACCUCUACGACGAGAAUCUGAAAUAUGACUUUUAUUUUAUUUUUUACAAAAAAAAAUGUAUCCAGACCUCCAGAGAAGUGUUGAAAAAGGCACAAGGAGCUGAGCUGGGUGCUAGGCUCUACAGUAAGGAGAGGGUCGGACUGAUUCUAUAGCUGAUGGUACUGCUGUGAGCGAGUUCUUUUGUAGAGGGAGCGAUCUGUUCUUUAAGAAAGUUCUCAUGAUGAAACUCGUGGCACACAAAAAGAGAAAACAACAGCACAGAGACAUGAUACCAUGACAGAAGGGUAUGACAUGAAAUGAAAAUAGUUAAAAGUGGUUACAACAGUUAUGCAAGACUACUUUUGCUUAGAUGGCUGAUUCUGUGCCAUGCAUAGUGAUCAUGAUGUAAGAGAGAUGACUAGCAAAACUUGAAAAAAAAACAAAAAAAAACAGGCAUGUCUCUAUGUUCAUCUGACCGGCAAAACCAGAACAAUGUCAACUUAGGUCCAUCUGGGUUUUUGUGUGCUGUUUUUCAGUACCGUCAUUGAACAAAAAAGGAUCAUAUACCAGAGGGAUAAAAAAAAAUCCUUGUAACACAACAAGGGAUAUUUUGAAUGUUUCUUACUGUUUGCUAAAACCACAGACAGUUUUGCAUAGCAUAUUUGCACAUUUAUUGAUCCCCAGAUUGACAUAGCUCUAACACAAAACUAAUUAGUAAGUGAAUGCUCUCGUUCAGUUCUAUGAAUCAGCAUUCUACCGCAGUGGAAGAUGGAAGCUUCCUCCGCAGUUUCCAGGGAACGGUGCAAACGAGCGAGCCCUUGGCACGAUAGUGACGUUAACCUUCUCAUUUAUUAGUAUGAGUACCAGUCUUCUUAUAAUGCCAAGUGGAACAAACUUAAUUAAUGGCAUUUAUUUGUGAAGAUAAACAUCACACCUAAAAAACAAACAAAAAAACCUGAAACAACUCUGUUUGUGUACAGCAAGUACUUUCCUACGUAUCACAUACAGUAGGUCGAUUGUUUUUAAGCCGGGAACGCAU